AGUGCGUCGUUUUCUCUUUUGCACAUCCCACGCCCACGCUCGUCUUGUUCUUCUGGGACUAUAAAAAAAAAACACCGUCCAACGCGUCAACCACAGCUGACCAGCGUCGUAUCCCUCAUUGUCUUUCUUCUGCAGCCGAUGGCCCACUCAGAGACGAGUGUGGAGGCGCUCAUGGAGGCGCUGGCCGUGCUCCAGCAGGCGACCGCGCUCGACUUUUCCGGUGACGUGGACAACGCGGUCGAAAUGUACACCGCCGCCGUCACGCGCUUUGACGCCGUCGUGGAAGUCCUGCUGCCCGACGUGGCGGAGACGGUGCGGCGAAACACGGAGGAAAUCCGUCGCAAGAUCGACAUGUUGCGGCGAUCACGGUGGACCCGUGAGCAGACAAGUUUUUUCCCUUCCUUCACGAUUCAGUUCGUACCAGCCCCCGUUCCCAUCGAGGACUACCGCGUACCUCGUUCACCGUUCUCGCGUGUGUUCUGGCUCAUGCGUCUCCUCGAGCGCUCCAUCCAACAAGGCGCGUUUCUCACUCCCAGUCUGUACGUGUCGAGGGAUGUGUGGCUGCAGGACAGCGGCACGGCGUCACUGCGCUUUAUCAGCGCUAAGAUCAAAUACAUGUCCUCGCUGUGCAGUGCAAUGGAGCCGCUGCGCUCCAUGACGACGUUAGGUGAUAUUGUGAAGACGGAGAAGUGUCUCAAGAAGUUUGUGGAUGUGGAGCGGGAGCUGCGCAGCUCGUUAGACAACGAAAUCGGCCUCGUCAAGGACGCCAAACCACAGAAGAAGAGCGUCUGGGGAGCUUUAGCGAAGAAGGCAAAAUCGUGGACGCACCAGGAGUCUAACUACGAUGUCUGUCUGACGUGGGCUGUAAAUGCGCUGGAGCAGGGACAGCUCUUCGAGCGGUGGUACAUCUACUUUGCUCAAGCAGCCAAGGGCGUCUCCCCUGUUCCACCUGGAAUUGAGGUGAUUCUGGACCUUCUCCAGCACAUUUGUGUUCAACUGUACACAGGUUUGUGCGUCUUCCUUCUCCACGACAUGACCAUUUUGGUGGAGCGCUACCAGGUCAAGUGUGGGAAGAGUGUGACGCGUCUCCUCCCUGUGGAGCCAAAGCUGGAGGGCGGGAGCAGCAGUUGA